AUGGCGGUAGUGGCACGGGCUGCCGCACCCCAGCGAAUGGCCAGUGCGAAGACCGCUAUGUCUUUGCCCUCCCUCCCGCCGCUGUUGCUGCUGUUGGCACUGGUCACCGCCUCCGCCGCUGCCUCUGAUGUGAAGAGGCCGGUACCGAUGUUGAUCUGGUCCAGCUCUCCUGCUGUGUGGGUCCCUCCAGCAAAUGCCCACGAAGGUCACGUCACUACGGAUCUCCAGCUUUCCUCUUACCUACAGCUCGCCCUGGAUAAAGGACCCCCAAUAGUGUUGCUGUUACUGCAGGAAGAACUAAGCGUAGAGGAUUUCACUGUAUUUGGCGGUGCGUUUGGCAACAAGCAAGAUAGCGCUUUCCCUAACCUGGAGAACGCGCUGAAAUCGGCCCCCUCUUCCUUGAUCCUGCCUUUAGUGGAGUGGCGUGCAAUCAAUAUUACCUUGCCCUCCUUCCUGAAGAAAUGGGGACCAAGACCCGUCAUAGUGGAGCGGGCCAGCCUGGAGGAAUUGAAGCUCAAAGACAACGCCUCUGUUUCACUGCACCUGACACUGCCCCAUGCCAACAAUUCAGGCUUGGUGGCUCGAAAAAUGCUGUUAACAGGCAAUGAUGAGAUCAUUGGGCAGGUGGUGAGCAAGUUCAAGGCAGAAGGUGCACCCUAUACAGCCAUAAUGACUGCUAUUCAGCCUUCCCGGGUGGUUCGGGACUUGUUGCUGCAGCAUCGGACUCUGAAUCCAAAGCCAGUGAGAAAAUCUAUACAUCCAUUGUGCUACAAUGAUACACAGCCUCGAAUCCUCUUCUGGGCCGAUCAUAUCCUGGUGAAUAAUGAAUAUCAGUCACUCGAUCUGAAUAAUGCCACCUUUAAUAAUCCAAUCAACCUGACCGGCUCCAGCUGGAACAGCACCUUUGCCCAGCUUGUGCUGACAUAUGACAAUAUCUUUGGUCCUUUCCUGACAAUCAAAUUUAAAUUGAGCAAUCGUUUCUACCCCAUUUCGGCUAGAACGUGGUUCAACAUUGACCAAGUAGAGCUCCACACCACUAACUCAGCUGUGGUCUUCCAGGGCACAGGGCUCACGGGACCCAGCCCCUUCUCCUUCCACUGCCACGCUUUUUCCACUGCGGAGCCGGAUGGUUUCUUAACCCCUCCACCUGGGCCCCAUCUCUGGAAUAUAACUUUCAAGGGCUUCCGGAUUCAAGCCUUCCAUGUGAAGGCUAACGAGUUCGCCUAUGCCUGUGACUGUGCCGGAUUCUUCUCAGGCUUCAUCUGGAUGGGGCUAUUCUCCUGUUUCUUCUUGCUUUUAGCCUUCAUAUAUGGACUGCAUAUGCUGCUCGACCUCAAGACCAUGGACACUUUUGAAAACCCUAAAGGAAGACGUUACUAUGAUUAA